AUGCCAUGCCGCCAGAGAUCGGCUUGUGUGCGCAAUCGUCUCCCUGUCGUGGUAUCGCUGCUGGCCGCCUACGGAUACUUGGUACCUACCACUAUCUCUCUUUAUCCGGCCACUUAUCUGGACUUGAUCUGUGUUUCUCCUCGGACCUGCCCAAUCCGCCAGGAAAACAGGAGAAGAGAGAGAGGUGUACCAGGAAAUCGGCAAACACCAGCCCUACAUAAUUGGCCUGCCCGUCCACCCGUAUCUUGAUUGCACAGUCUGAAUCCCCCCUUAUCUACCUCUUACCUGUGUAUCCGUACCGACUUUUGGGGUGCUCUGCGUGCUUAACCCCGGUUGCCGUUCUCCUCGUCGUCGCAGCCCCCAGGGCGGUUGGUUGGUUUUUUGUGCGCGCGUACCUCGAGAUAACCUCGCGUCUCCCGCUCACACAUUUACUCCGUGCAUCGACGCGUAUGUAUGGUCCAACAUGGUACUAGUGCACUUUGUGAACAUUGGCACUGGGCAGUUUGCUGCGGGUUUGUCUGCUUCUUUAUCUUCUGUCGCCUGUAUCCGUACACACAUGCCUUACCUUCGUCGGGCGGGAGCGUGUUUCAAAGUGACCUUCUUAUCUGGUCGAUGAUGGGCCUGACCCGUCUGGGGUCGAGGCAGACGAAAUGAUCGGUUAAUCCUCCCUUAUCUUUUCUCCAGAUUUGUUUUAUAUUCUAUUCUUAUUCGCUUCCCCGGAUAUCGUCUUCCGGCAAGUUUGAGAUACGUUUAGGAGAUAUAGAGGCCAUCGGCUGCUGCUUACUCCCUUCACACUUUCCCGCCUACCAAGUUCGAGCUCUCAUUCUACGCGGCCUGCCGAUCCGAAGGCCUUCCAACCGCCCCGAAAGCGGAUGCCCUCCCGACAUUACGAAUCGAUACACCGCUUGAUGGGGAAGAAAAAUGUCUCUUACGUCCUGUGAUACGAAACCUGUCUUGUCCGGCAUGACGAACUCGGGCUGGGAUGCCUAAGGGGGAACGAAUCAGCGUGGACGCAGCUAGUCAUAGGAGGGAGGCAUAGUCGGCAGACAUUUUCGACAUCACGGGAACCGAGGUCCCCUCUGUACUAUUCUGGCCCUGGAUACAGACGACGACCAUUGGCAAUUGUUGAUUCAGCUAUCGCGAGUUAUGCGAAGCCCUCCGAUUCUACGAAUGAUACACUGGGAAUACGGGUGCGGUUUGGACAGCCUGGCUUAGUCGGAGGCCCAGUCUAAGCGAGGAAGACGGACUUCCAUGAUCAACAACUCCUGUUCUCGACUGGUCUUUUCGACGACCCGGGCGAGGUCCCAAAUAUUGUAUCGGUCAUGGCACUACUGCACUGGGCUCAUGUAACGCCCAUGAUAUUCUACGGGUGAUAUCGAGUCCUUGGUGCGGGCUAUGGUGAGACGCUGCGCUUACUUGCUUUACACGCGGACUAAACACACGCGUAAUAUGCAGGACCGUCUUUCGACCACGCAAUGGACCCAACAGGACGUAAAUCCCAUCGCAAGUUCCCAUCCGGAAACGAUGCAGACCCCGGGAUCGAUACAAUGUGAUGCGACACCAGACCUCGCCAUCUUCACAAUCAUGUCCCCCUCCCUUCGAAUCUCUUUGCAAGUUGGACAGUAUCUAUCGACGGAACGACCCUUGCCGAGCCUGACCCUCUCUACCCUGCUUGGUGGAAUGUCGACCCUUCGUCCGUGGCUUUUCGCAUGAUCCCUUUGGACUGUUGACUAAC